UGGAGAGACCAUGGCAAGACAUAAGAGACGGAUUGAAAGUUUUUCUCUGUGGCAAUGACCUGUCAAGGUAUCAAAAUAUCUUAUUUCGUAUUAUAUAUAUAUUUUUACGUAUCGCCUUAGAGGGUAUCCAACCGUUUCAGAGGGAAAACACGGUUGUAAGGUGGCACUUAGCGGUUGACACCCUGUCCUGACGUGUGGUUUUGCAGACGGAGAAGCCCUACUGGAUGAUGUCAUGCCCCCUUCAACCAAGCUAUGGGUCAAAGGAUCACCUCUCCAAGCAAUAUGAUCUCGGUGCAUAAGUACAGCACCGAGCCCACACAAGCUUUCACCCACUACAACAAACAAAGCCGUUUCCAGCCGCCACAUGUCAAUGUGGUGGAGCCCACCCCCUACAAUGCCCCCAAACCUGCAGGUCACACUCGUUUUGUCUGUGUCUCGGACACACACUCAAGGACAGAUGGCAUCCAGAUGCCGUACGGCGACGUCCUGCUCCACACGGGCGACUUCACAGAGCUGGGCCUGCCAUCUGAGGUUGAGAAGUUUAAUGACUGGCUAGGCAGUCUACCAUAUGAGACCAAGGUUGUCAUCGCUGGGAACCACGAGCUGACCUUUGAUAAGGACUUAAUGACUGAGAUGGUCAAGCAGAAUCACUCACGCUUUCCCAAGUUGAGACUUGAGGACUGUGAAAAUGUGCAGUCUCUACUCACAGACUGUAUUUACCUCCAAGACUCAGAAAUCACAGUCAAAGGAUUCCGGAUAUACGGUACUCCUUGGACUCCCUGUUUUUUCCGAUGGGGCUUUAACCUGUCACGCGGCCAGGCUCUACUGGACAAGUGGAACCAGAUCCCCGUGGGCAUCGACAUCCUCCUGACUCAUGGGCCCCCCCUCGGUUUUGGGGACUGUGUCCGGAUGAAUCUGCAGAGAGUGGGUUGUGUGGAACUCCUCAACACGGUGCAGAGGAGAGUUCGUCCCAAGCUGCACGCUUUCGGCCACAUCCACGAGGGAUAUGGUGUCCUGACAGACGGCUGCACAACAUUCAUCAACUCCUCCACGUGUACAAUCAAGUACAAGCCAACCAACCCCCCCGUUGUCUUUGACCUGCCCAACCCGCAGGGCUCCUGAGAUGCCACCACCCUGUCUUCGUUCUACAUGAACAUAAACUCAAUAAUAAAAGGCGUGUCAAUGGAGAGUGAAGCAAUGGAGAAGGGAACCCAGCCCUGUCUGUAGCCCAGAAGUCUUUCAAUAUUGACAAACGUUUGCCUAACUCCAUAUGUCCAGUUGGAUGGUAAACUGAAGAUUGGACAUUUGACGAGCUAGAGGAAGACGAAGGACAGAGAAGUGUUCUCUGGGCCAGACAUGCACAUGGUAAGUGUGGACAACCGUAGACACACACCUCUAGAGGCCAUGCAAGAGCAGUCUCAAGUAAGGCUGGCUCCUGGGUAUAGUUAGCCUGAGUGUUGUGUGUGAGUUCACAUGAGGUAGUCGUUCUACUGUACUUCAUGCUUGACGUAUAGUUGCACACUGUAUCUUAUGUGUGGGUAGAAAGUUGGGGCCUCGUAUAGCCCUUUGUCUCACUCACCCAUGGGCACGCUCUCAAUUUGCACACGACCCACUCUUGUGGGCACCUAACACUUACACCUACAACACUCACACCUCUCUCACACACACACACACACACACACACACAAACACGCACACACACGGCUUUCCUUCUCUUUGCCUUCCUCCCCCUGCCCCCACACCGACUCGAUAUCUCACUCCAGUCUUAUAUUAAUUUCCUUAUGCCCAAAUACUUGCACCAAGACUCAUUACCUCAGACUUACCAUGUGUGCCUUAAUAGCUAUUGAUGCUUAUCAGUCCCUGGACUUGAUGACUACUGGUUUGAUAAUUGAUGCUGGUUAUAUAAUACAUUUUUACUUGGAAUAAACUGUUGUUGUCACUGCUGCAAAAUUCCCCAAA